GGUGCACGGAAGGUUUGUGGGCAAGAGGCCGGGCGUCACAGGUCCUGACAGGGAAGAAGUUGGCAGGUCCUGUCUGGGGAGAGCUGUGGCGGAGGCUCCUCCGCGUUCAGUCAACUCUGGUGAUGGAGUCGCAGGUCGCGGCCGCUGGGGCUGCAGAGACUGAGGCAGAGGCGGGCAAGCGUCCCACGAUGGGCAGUGCCAGCCAGGGGUCGCUGGUCUCGGCGCGCAAGGGGGCUGUCCGGUGGAAGCUCCUGCGACAGGUUCUGAAGCAGAAACAGCUGGAUGAUGGUUUGAGACAUGUAUCUGUGAGAAGAUUUGAAUCAUUUAAUCUAUUCUCCGUCACAGAAGCCAAAAAAGGGGGAACUGAAAAAGAGUCUGGUGUGUGGGUCCAGUACACAAGCAUCUUUUAUCCUGAAUACAGCAUCUCCUUAAGACAUAAUAGUGGAUCCUUGAACGUCGAGGAUGUCCUCACCAGUUUUGACAACACAGGAAACGUUUAUUGGAAAAGGAAGCGCAGAUGUUUGUUAAGUCCUCUCAUUGCUGUCCUGCAUUUCAGUGCUCACAUGAUCUCUCCACUUUGACUGAGCUGCUGCUGCAAAGGAAUAACACAUUCUUUCUACAUCUGUUGAAGAAACUUCUGUAUUAAAUCUGGAUCAGUCUCAGUGUUUGAUGCAUCCAGGUACUUGGAUGAUUUCUGUGAAUUAUGUUUAAAUCUGACCAGCAAACAGCUUUAAAAAAAACAUGUAAAAUAACCACAUUGCUUCACCACUGAAGAGCCACUCAGCUAAUACUGGCCAGAGUGCUUCAACGUAUCUCACGGCAGAAGAACUUCAGUAGCAUGCAUGCAAUAUCCUAGGGCAUGAUUUUAUUUGCACAUUUGAAGGCCUAAUACAUUUUCAGUUAAAAUAUCUCCAGGUAGAGCAUCUGUUUCACGGACCAAAGGUUUUUCCUGAAGCCUCCGACCUCUGUCUGUAGGCCUGUUACAAACCUUGAAUAUCUUGAUUCUUCUACUGUCCUCUGAGGAUUCAUUGCUUCUCUUUUUUGCAUUGGGUAUCAAUCAUAAAUUAUUCCCUUAGGUUAACUUGCCAUCUUGUACAAUUAUAAAUUUCAGUAGCUUCAUACAAAUGUAAGGGGAAGUAAUUUUCUUGAGGCUUGGCGAUAUGCCGGUAAUUUAUUUAUUUUUUGAGGUUUGGUGACAAACGAUGGUUGGAUAGAAAGUGAUCAAAUUUCAAAUGACUUUCUCCUCAGAACUGCACAGCAAUGCACUGAACUUUCUAGAAAUUGAUAAGCUGAAUGCUAUUUUAAUUCCUUCUCUCCACACCCACUUUAAAAAAAAUGAAAUGUGUUUUUCUCCUGUGGGUCCUGUGUGAUAGAAUCUGUCAUGGUUCUAUUUCAGACCCUAUGUUGACUGUUUAGUGGACACUGACUUUACACAUGAUGCUUUUAGCUCUGAGAAAUGUUUUUAAGGAUUUCUUUGGUGCUUUUCUCUUCUGUUUUCAUCACUGUUGCCAUCGUAACUUUUACUUUUAAACAGCAUACUCAGGAAAGGUCAUUUUUCAAUUAUCUUCUGAUUUAUAACCAUUCUACUAUGUGUUUACUCUUGGAUACUUGCACAACUUUUUUUUAUCUUCCAACUCUUAGGUUAAUAUUUUUCAUUUUUAUGUUUAUGCCUUCUAAAGUGUGACUGACUCUUUUGGGUAUUGUUUUUCCAGUGUCCCCAACCCUUAGCGUUACUUUCAUUAUUUCCUGGUUGCAUGUCUGUUUAGACAUCCCCUGCAAGUUACUUUACAUUUUUUCUUUGGCUUCUGCCUUUCUUAUUGAAGCUUUUUAAAAUGGUCAUCUUCAGUUGUAUGAAACCAGAAACUACAGUGAUACUCCAACUGUUGACAGUAGGUUUCUGUGUAGGGGCAUCUGGUUGGGCUAUUCCUGAGGAAGCCCCCGAUGUCUGUGUGCUUGUGUGUUCCUCUUGAGCUGGUUUAGCUUUCUAGAUGUUAAUAUGUAGAAAUUUCAUGUUCACCAUCUUUAUCGCAUAUAGAUACACAUAUUCCAGUCUCAUAUAAUUAUCUAAUAAUUUAAUGUAGCACCCAUCUUGAUACUUUGGUUGGAUAUAAAAUGAUUGCAGUGCAAAUGGUUUUCUUUUCAGAACUGCGCUGUACUUUCUAGAACAUGGUAAGCUGAAUGUUAUUUUAAUUCUCUCCAAUUCUCUUUCUCCCCCACCUCUCUUUUAAAUGAAACCUGUUAAUUCUCCUAUGGUACCUUGUAGAAUCUUCUCCCCAGUGUUCUAAAAUUCUGGCCUGGUUCUAUUUUUAAACUGUGUUGGCUGUUUAGUGGAUAUUUUAUAUUUACUUUUAAGUAGACUACAUAGUCUUCUUGUUAAAUCUGUAUUAGAAAAAAUAUUUCCAGUUUUAAGGUAUUAACCAAGCUUUCUACAGGCUUUAGAGAUUGUUUGCUUCUAAAUUCUGUAGCUCUCAAGGUUCAAUUUAAGUGUCAUUUACCUACUUUAUGAGGCCUUUAUGGACUCCGCUGAGUAGAAGCCCACGUUCUGUGUCUGCCUGUUUUCCUCAAAUUUGAAAUUCACUGACAUGGGGGCUGGUCAGACGGGCCAGUGAGUCUGGGCACUCAUGACCUAAUUUCAGUCUCUGGAAUCCACAUGACAGGAGACAACCAACUCUAGCAAGUCAACCUCUGACCUCCCCACAUACACCUCAAUAUUCAUGUAUGUGUGCAUAUACAGAGACAUACCUUCAAAAUAAAUAAAUGUAGAAAAUUGAAGUUCAUCAAAAUAUAUUGUAUUAUAAUUGUGUGUAAAUCAGUCAGAUCAUAUGAGUCUUACAGUCUUGUUUGUGUAUGUAUACAAAAUUGCUUAGCAUAUAGAGAAUACUCAGUAAGUAUUAUGGGUUAUUGAAAUUAAUAUCCAAAAAGGAAAAAUAUUUAAAUAAUUAUAUUAUAUGGAUUUUUACUCAAUAUUUGCUAAAAGGCCAGGAAGUGAUAGGCCAUGAUUCUUUAACACAUCUCUAACAUGUUCAUAUAUGAUAGUUUACUUUGUAAUUCCUUUAAAUAGCCUUUGUCUCUAGUGAAUUCGAAGCUUCAUUUCAUGGUGUUCCUUUUCUAGGAACAAAAACACAUUUGUAUCAUCUCACAUGUAUGUGUAUAUUACACACAUUUUAUGUGUAUAUUACACACAUUUUAUGUGUAUAUUACACACAUUCUGUACUCUUUAAGUGGCAGUUUACUCAUAUUUAAAAAGAAAUAAUUGUCAUUUUUCUUACAUCUUGGCGAUAUUUUCCCUCCAAAUAUCUUUCACUGGCAGAGCACUAAGUGGCUAUUCAUCUAGGUUUUGAUCAGUGCAAUGUAUUUUAAGCCACUGGUUCUAAAAUACAUUCAAAUGGCGUGCCCUAUUCCUCAUGAAUUGCUUUCUUUGCUUAAAUUUCCCACUCAGACCACCAGCAAUCCCUUAAGUACUUCUCCUACCUGCUAAUGCUAGCUUUUAAAAUCUACUUAAUGUUCCUGCUUUCUUCCCUUUGUGCCUCUGUCACUUAAUAUACCUCUGUGCUCUCCCGACAUUGUUCCUUCUCAAGGUCUUUAUGCUUUUAGGAGGAUUUUUUUCGUGUCUUUUUUUUCUACUGUCUUGGAUGCGUUGAUUCUGUUUCUCCACUGCAAAGAGCUUAGUGGAAGCUGGAAGGGAGUACUAUGGGUGACUUUAGAAAGGCUUUCUGUGAAAUACUAAGAGCAUCAAAAUGAAGGUAGUUACUAUAUAACUCAUGUUCCAAAGGCCUUUGAUAAAGUUUUAAAGGCAUUAAUAAGGAGAACUAAAAUGAGAUUUGUUUAAAUUUCCUAAAUAGGAGGAAAAGGGGAGUCUUGAAGAUUGGCAGCUGUUAGACUGAAUGAUAAGUAAAUUAGGGUUCAUUAGUUCCUAUCCUGGUUAUUUUUGUAUAUCCUAAAAUAUUUUUCCAAAUACAAGGCUUAGAAGAUCUCACUAUCAUUUCCAUCCCUCUAACCUGGCAGGCCCAUUCUUUGGUGUCUGUCCUCCAGCGUGUAACACACACGGAUGGUAAUUGUAGGAUUACUGGGAUUCUCCUCCAGCGUGUAACACACACGGAUGGUAAUUGUAGGGUUACUGGGAUUCGUGAGGAGAAUAACUGGCGACAUUCUCACUGCUCUCCUUCCAUCACAGGUGGGAAUAAACUAUGGUAUAUCUAGAUCAGCGGAUUAUUAAGUAGCAAUUAAAAGCAUGAAUUGAGUUUAUGUUAUAUUCUGGAGAGUCACAUAAGAUAUUAUUGUUAGAUGAAUUGAGUAAUGUAAUGUAAUUUUAUAAAAAGGAACUGUAAAUAUAGAAAGAUCUGUGAAUAUAUAUAUAUAUAUCAAAUUAUUUGAGUAAUUUUUAAAAAGUGACUCCUGAAAAGAUGGGGUAGAAGAAAAGUUACAUUCUCAUUCUCAAAUUAUUACUUUUUGCAUUGUUUGAUCUUUCAAAUGUGUGUUGCUUUGGGGAAAAUGUAAUAAAGAUCUUUCAAAUGUAAAAAUAAAA